AUAUAUAAGGGAUUAAAUUUUAGGCAUGACAAGUUGGGAUGGAUGGGAUGGUUCGGCAAACUAAAAUAAAUUAUUUUACGUAAUCAACUAUUUCCCACAAGUUUUAACCAAUAGAAUUUUAUUAAAUACAAUUAUGUUUUUUGAAAUUUACAAUUUACAUGCAUUGAAAAUAUGAAAAAUGUAUCUUUUUAAAACAAUUUUUUUAAAAUAUGGAUCUUUUAGGAACUCCCCUGGCAAGUAGUUUCACUCUCUUCCCUCUAGACAAAGGGUAAGUGUGAAACCAAACCUAAACCUAAACCUAAACCUAAACCCAAAACCCUACAUCAUUUUGAACUUCCCUCCUCCCUCCAAACCGGAAAACAAAUAGAAGCAUUUUUUUCCGAUUGUUUGGUACUUUUGAUUCUUUAAGUAGAAAAAUGGAGGAUGUUGUGGGAUUUGGAUUCCGUCCUACCGAUGAGGAGCUGGUCGGUUACUACCUCCAUAACAAAAUCCUUGGUAAUGACUGGCUCGUACAAGAACUCAUCAACGAGGUCAACAUCUCUAACUUCGAUCCUUGGAAUUUGCGCUUCCAAUCGAAGGUGAAAUCGAGAGACCUUGUGUGGUACUUCUUUUCUCGCAGGGGUUCGAAUGGGGACAGACAGAACAGGAAAACGAGUUCUGGGUUCUGGAAGAUUACUGGGGAUCCUGUAGAAGUUAAGGAUCAGUGGGGAACUUGGUGUGGAGUGAAAGGUAAGAUUGGUUACAAAAGGGUUUUGGUGUUCCGCAGGGGAAAAAGCUCGAGCUCCCAGAGCACCAAAUCUGAUUGGGUUAUGCACGAGUAUCAUUACACUCUCUUACCACAAGAUCAGAGGACCCACGUCAUAUGCAGACUGGAAUAUAAGGGCCAGGACAUGAGCAUUCUGUCUGCUAAUCCAACAGAACCCCUUCCAACUUUUUUCCCCAAUGUGACUAAUAGUGCUGCAUCAGAUUCUGUGGUCAAUCAAUCAGUUCAAGGAAACUCAGCCUCUUUCAACACUUUCUCUGACUAUGAUUCAGCAAAUCAGGGACAGUGGUUUAGUGAGGACUUUAACCUGCAUCAACCAGUGGUCUCAUAUGAUGAUGGUGAUACACAGAGGAUUUGGGAUUAUGUAGUUGAAAAGAAUUUCAGCCAAUACCGGCCCAAGAAACCUGUCACAGUGGUUUCCGUCGAUGAUAGCAGUGAUGCUGAUAACACUGACACUGAAUCUACUACAGGUAUAAGCAAGUUACACACACAUAUAUAUAUCAUCGGAAUCUUAUAUAACUAAUUUGGAUACAUUGCAUCUAAAUCUAAAAAAUGGAUCUGCUUGCAGGUAACGCAAGUAAGGCAAUGCGAAUGAAGAAAAAUGGAUGGAGGGGAAAUCAAUAGUUAGCAUAGGGCUAAUUAACAAGUUUGUAAUGUUAAUUCAGGUUUCAAUGGUCUAGAGUCAGACCAGAAUUGCCAAGUAAUGUUUGCUUUCGUUUGAAUUUUGAAAUAAAAGUUGUAGUUUUAUCUGAGUAAGUUUUGCAGUUAUGUUGAUUGUUCACCUUUUGGAGUUACUUGUUACUUGAUCUAUACAGUACCUUAUGUCUGAAAAUUAUAUGUCCAAGAAUCAUUAAAACUCCAGAAACAGAUUUGGAAAGUAUGAUAUAACUAAAAAAAGAAACUUAUAGUGACUAAAACAGAGCCUGUUUUCACAGUCUGUACGUCUGCCUAUACGUACUAUCAAUUUCCCCAAAAAAACAAUAUCUGCUUUUAAGGGUAGGCCAUAGAUGGAAUCUUUAAGAAACUACAUAUAAAAGCCGCUUUCAUAAAAAAACUACAUAUUCAAGCCCUAACAAAUGUUGGGUCAAAUCGACUAGUGAUGCUUACGCAUCUCACGUGACGAAUGUUAGUACGUCACCACGCAUCUGUAUAUAGACCCCAAAAACGAUUUUGGUUGGGAUCAUAAUACGAUCGUUUCCUUUUUCUAUUUUUUGUUUAUUGAAUAAACUUUAUUCUAAUAAAACCGAUUUUUAUUAUAAUGAAAUCUUAUGUAUAAAGAUUUCCAUGUAAAUUAUAAUGUAAUUCUCAGCUUUACCAUGAUAAAGUUUAUCAGUAAAAAAUUUGUUACCAUAAUAAACAGUUGAUUAGGACGAUGUGUAGGCUUUACUGCUUGCUUCAAAUGUAACCCAAUAAAUAAUCAACAGUAAUAUUAUACUUAUGGUGUACCUUUCUGUGAUCCAUUUGUGUGUUCUUUUGUUAUUUCGAUUUAUUAAAAUGAACUGUGAACGAUUUUAUUGUUUUCAUAUUAAAAAGGGGAAAUACAUCAAACAAAAAACAUCGUAACAUUAUCCGGUAUUCGCGGUGAAUUGUGUCUUGCCUUUCAUUAAAAAGCCCCCACUCGAGUAGACCUCCGCUCUUGAUAGGAAUUAGGAACAAUAGCCUUUCUUUUAAAACAACUUUUCUAACACUUUUUCCGUGUGCGAACGGCACUUUAGUAGCUCAUAACAUAAUUAGGAUGCUUUUGCGAAGUUCAAGAUCCAACGACAUUAACGGCACCCCAUUAUUUGUUUCCGUGAAAGAUAGCAAAAUGCACCUAGUGCUGUUAAACCUUAUUGUAUCGCAUUAUCAUAUGUAAUGAUGCUAUUCGCGCUGCCUUUGUGCUUUUAGUAAUCUGUGCAUUAGGUAUUAUCCGCACAUGCGCACGAUCACAUAUUAUGUAAAAGAAAUUAGUAAUGU